GUUCAGUGUUCUUUUGAUAUUUAAUCAUGUCUUUAAUAUUUUACAUUUAUGCUGCAUGCCUUAUAGUCCAAUCUAUCUGUACCGAUGAAUUUGACGAUGAUUUUUUUAUGAGAAAUAUUCAAAAAUUGGGUAGAGCACCAGGUGGAAUAAAAGUACUUGAUGUCACGGAUAGGACAAUUAAUUUGCAAUGGAAAAAUUAUUACAAUAGUACAAUGUAUUAUAUUUUUGUUCACAACUUAAGAAACGGAAUAAGUAAAUUCGUUACGAAAUGUAAGGUGCAAGGUUUCAAUAAUACUACGGAAUUUAGGAUUACUGAACUUUCUCCAGGAAUGACAUACAAAUUCGAAAUUUUAAAUUUGCAAUUCGAUCCUUUUUUGGAAAAAAGUUUCGUCAGGCAGAUCAGUGAUGAAAUCACUACUAAAAUGCUGCUGGCAAGACCAUCUAAUGUUAAAGAACCGUUUUUGGCGUACGAUGUCACGUAUUCACAACUUACGCUCCAAUGGCGUAAACCUGAGAACGCUGAUGAUUUUGUAAAAUAUAAUAUUAUGUGGUCGGAAACUGAUUUAUGGACAUGGAAUACUAUUGACUUUCAGAGUUCCUCCGACUAUCCGCAGUACAAAAUCACUGGACUCAAAGCAGGCAGAAGAUACAAUUUCCAAAUUCAAGCUUAUAAUGAAAAUGGAAGUUCUAAUAGUCACGUGAUUGAAGAACUAAUGACUAAACAUCCACAAGAUAUUGUGAUUGACGGUUUAUUGAGAGAGCCACCAUCAGAAGAACUUAAAAUAAUCGAUGUCAAGGAUACAUCAGUCAAACUUGAGUGGACUAAACCAAAGAAUAGUUUAAUUAAUGUGGACUAUGCUCUCUUUAUACUAAAUACCAAUACCAUGAAGCGUUGGUAUCAUGCAACUGUUAACGACCACUCAGAUAAACCAGUUGCCAAAGUCAAUGAACUAACUCCUGGAGAAAAAUAUAAAUUCAUUAUUAAACCUUUAGAUGUCAGUUCAAAAGCACUAGUGAGCAGAGAAAUGAUACUUGAAAAUCCUCUAUAUAAACCUAAUCAACCCAAGGGACCACUUUAUAUAAAAAAUGUUACAAAUACGACAGUUGUUCUUCAGUGGCGUAAACCAGACAACAGUCCCAACAUUGUUGUGUACACAAUAUUUACUGUAAACCCAAAUGAUAUUUGGACUAAUACUGAAAUUCACAAUGCAAGUUCAGAUCAAGUUAGAUAUGAAGUCACUAAACUGAAACCGGGAAAUGUGUACAAAUUCUAUAUUUUUGCAACAAAGGAUAAUAUUAAUUCUCAAGGUCUUAAAAGCGUUAAAGUUAGAACUAUUAAUCCAUAAGGUAUUUUUUACUCUUUGCACUCCGUUUAAC